CUUUUUCUGUACAUAGUCGAAUAAUUGGCCACGAAAAGCAAAAUAAACAUGGCCGUGCUAUUUGCCGACUGUGGGUAAAUUGUCGCAGAAUAUUGGGUAAAAGAAGCACUUGCUAGCUGCGAAAGAUGCAUUCGAAUCUGCCUGCAUAGCACUGUCUCCCCACAAUUGGACCUUCAGCUGAUGAAUAUUUUUCGAAUUGAUGGUCCAAGGGGCGCAAGUUAUGCCAGCAGAACCGUCGUCAGCAAUUACGGAUGAGACUAAUACGAGCACAAUGAUGAACUCCCACGAAGACUUUCAAAUAGGACUGAAUAGAUCUCAAAAGUUCACGUUGGGUCUAGUGUUACUGGUCCUUGUGGACAUAAUAUGGGUUGCUUCGUCAGAGCUAACAAAAUAUCUGUACGAGGAAGAGGCCUACCAGAAGCCGCUAUUCACAACCUACGUGAAAACUUCAAUGUUUUGCGUCUAUUUGCUCGGAUUUUUAGUCUACUCUCCGUGGCGGGACAUGUGCAGUUGGAGCGCUUCAAAUUCUUAUGUGCUGAUGGAUCCAAAUAUCGAAGACACAAAUUACUUUACUGACUCCCCACCUCCCCUGAAACUGCAUGUUUUGCAGAAACAGAGCGAGCCAACCUAUGUCCCUUUGAAGCGGCCAGAGUGCAGCAGGAGCACGUCAAAGAGCUCGGGCACAGAGAGCGACGACUCGGGUGUGAGAUCGGUCCGCUUCAGCAAGCUGGCGGAAGUGCGGCAGAUGUCCGAGGAGGAGGCGACCGCAGCUCUCAUGGCGAGGCUCUCAUACACGGCCAGCGUACGCGCCGACCAAAUCGCCAGGAGAGCGGCCAACAAGCUGCCCGUCAGCAAGGUCGCCUGGCUGGCCUUCACCUUUUGCGUUUUGUGGUGCAUGGCAAACUACAGUUACCAAGCUGCUCUCGAAUACGGCGACGCAGGCCUUGUCUCGCUGCUCUCGUGUGCGGCACCUCUCUUCACCCUUCUGCUCUCAGCCGCUAUUCCCUCCGAGCCCAUGGACAGGAUUUCGCUUUCGAAAAUCGCUGCUGUUGGAAUGAGCAUUGCUGGAGCUAGCACCGUUUGCUGGUCCAGCCUGAGUCCGAGUUUCCCGCUUGGAGCCUCGCUGGCUUUGAUCAGCGCCUCCCUCUACGCCACCUACCUGGUCAGCUUGAAAAAGAAGGUACCUUCGGAAGAGGCGCUGGACGUGCCCAUGUUUUUUGGCUUCGUCGGCCUCUUCUGCCUGCUUGGCCUCUGGCCGGUUGUGGCCGCCUUCCACGCUCUCGGCUUGGAAAAAUUCGAGUGGCCGACCCGGCCUCAGUGGGCUGUGAUGUUCUUGAACGGACUUAUUGGCACUGUGCUCUCGGAAGUCCUUUGGCUCUGGGGAUGCCUUCUCACUUGUCCCUUAGUCGGAACACUAGCGCUUACGUUGACCGUGCCACUGUCCUUUUUGGCCGACGCUCUCCUGUGGCAGGUGCAGUACCCCCUCCGCGUCUACAUCGGAGCCAUCCCGAUGGUGGCGGCCCUCAUCUGGGCCGGCUUUUUGUCCUCGCCGGGCGCGAAUGGCGAGCGAUUGGCGCCACGAGACCCAUUGGCCAGGUGGAUUCUGAUCGGGUGGAACAAAUUGACGUCACCGAGAAACUCGUUCAGCAGAUUGCAAGGGGAGCGAGAAAGGGAGCAAACCGAAUCAUUGAUAGGAGUCAACAAUUCCUCGACUAGUGAUCAUGAAGCCUGAACCUAGCGGAGGGCAUUAGCCUGCCUUAGUUUCCACAUUCCAUCGUCCGAGCUGGAGCUGCGCAGUACUUCUUCUUCAAGCACAACUUCAUCUGUCUGAUUUUAGUUCUAAUUUAUCCUUAGAAGAUGCACACGUCUAGAAUUACUCGCACUCUGAACACUUCUACUUGAUAGAAUGCAUGUUGUGAUACAACUGAGUAGCUGGGCUCAUUCAAGCUUAUUCCAAAUGCUUUCAGCAGCUUGUUAUCUGUGAAAUAUUUUCAUAUAUCUAGUCACCUUUUACUCGUUCUUUGGAAGAUUUUUCGAGUUGUUAGUGAAAUUCUGUUUUUUUUUUUUUUUAAUAAUAAUAAUUCCCCCUGGUAGAUGAUAAGACCCGAUUUUAGCAUUUUAAAAGAACUGACACGAACAUUGACGAGAAAUUUCAGAUCAAUUCAUAAUGAGCUGACAAUACAACUUCAUAGAUUUAUUUUCCGAGUUAUCGGUGAUCGUCGAAUGUGUAUGUUUCCAAUGUAAUAGCGUGAAAGCAAGAGUUGCAAAAGUCAAACUUUUGACAAAUUCCAGUAAAUUGUGAACGAUGGCAAGGAAGAAGUGAUUUCAUCCUGUGUCGAUGCACGGACACGAAAAGUUCUAAAUAGAAAACUUAAAUGUAUGACUGCAAAUAAAAAGGCGAACAUAUUCAGUGAA